GAGGAGCAUCUUCUACCUGUGACGUCAUGACAGCAGCAUCAGCUGUUAGCUGUGCUUUAAGCCUUUUCACUGCCGAUCGCUGUCUGCUCAAAGGAAAUAUAUGAGAUCCCCUCCGAUCCCUGAAAUGGCGACACAGGAGGUACAACUGAACGAGACUCUGGCGCAUCUCAAGACCGAGUCGGAUAACCUUAAGUCGAAGCUGGAGGAGGAAAGAGCGAAGCUGCACGAUGUCGAGCUACACCAGGUGGCAGAGAAGGUGGAGGGACUGGGUCAGUUUGUCAUGAAGACUCGGCGAACUCUGAAGGGACACGGUAACAAAGUGCUGUGUAUGGACUGGUGUAAGGACAAAAGGAGGAUAGUCAGCUCCUCACAGGAUGGAAAAGUGAUUGUAUGGGACGCUUUCACCACCAACAAGGAACAUGCUGUGACAAUGCCUUGCACCUGGGUGAUGGCCUGCGCCUAUGCUCCCUCUGGAUGUGCUGUCGCCUGUGGUGGCCUGGACAACAAAUGCUCUGUGUAUCCUCUGUCCCUGGACAAGAAUGAGAACUUGGCUGCGAAGAAGAAGUCUGUGGCCAUGCACACAAACUACCUAUCUGCCUGUAGCUUCACCAACUCAGAUAUGCAGAUCCUGACGUCCAGUGGGGAUGGUACAUGUGCAUUAUGGGAUGUUGAGAGUGGGCAGCUGUUGCAGAGUUUCCAUGGACACGCAGCAGACGUGCUCUGUCUGGACCUGGCCCCCUCUGAGACGGGAAACACGUUUGUGUCAGGGGGUUGUGAUAAGAAGGCAAAUGUGUGGGACAUGCGUUCAGGACAGUGUAUUCAAUCCUUUGAAACUCAUGAAUCAGACAUAAAUAGUGUGCGAUAUUAUCCAAGUGGAGAUGCAUUUGCAUCCGGCUCAGAUGACGCUACAUGCCGCUUGUAUGACUUAAGGGCAGACAGAGAAGUGGCUAUUUAUUCCAAAGAGAGCAUCAUAUUUGGAGUCUCUAGUGUUGAUUUCUCUCUCAGUGGUCGGUUGUUGUUUGGUGGCUAUAACGACUACACCAUAAAUGUCUGGGAUGUUCUCAAAGGAACAAGGGUGUCAAUUCUGUUUGGACACGAGAACCGCGUCAGUACUCUGCGAGUUUCUCCAGAUGGCACUGCCUUCUGCACGGGAUCCUGGGACCACACUCUGCGGAUCUGGGCUUGAGGAUGAAGACACAGGCGAUUAAAUGAACUACCGAAGACUCACCAACCUUUCUGAUUGCUAGAGUACAAUCACAGAGAUAGAGACUCAGUCAUGGUUGUACAUAGAGCAUAUCAAUAGCAUUGUAUAUAAUCCAGUCUCAUGGCCAUGGUAGAUUUGCAUAUUUCAGAGAAUAAUUGCUAUACCAAAUGCCACGCUUGUAUUACCGAAGAUUGCACAAAAGUACUUAUGGUUACAACCUACGGUGUAAAAUGUAUAUUGCAGAAAAUAUAAUUGGUAGAGAAUAGCAUCAAUCUAGGAUAGAAGUGACACAGUAAAGUGAUGUAUUCGAUGUUCCCACAAUUACUUUCUUAUUUUGUAUUUGCACAAAAAAAUAAUUGAGGAAAGCAGUCUGUGAAAGAAAACUGGACAUAAGGAAAUUGUUGUAGUAGCUGAGGAAAGACAGCACAAGAGGAAUAUGUGGCUUCUUUGAAAAUGAAAAACAUUAGCAAGUUAAGGAUGACUGGAAUGGUUUGCAGAAAUUAAUUUACAGCAGCUAUGAAUGACCACUGGCAUAAAAUAUUAUAACUAACAAUUUAAAAUUGGAUAUAUUGAUAAUUCAGUUUUUUUUUAACUCCACAAUUUGUAUUUUACAGUAAUUCGUGUGCCAGAUCUAUUUAAAGAUAAAGACAACUUUAAGGUAAACCUACAGCCAGUGUUUUAAUUUUAUAUCCCCAUGAUAUUAAAAUAGGACUGAUCUUUCCCUGCUGUGGAAGCCACUCACUGCUUGCUGUGCACAUUCAGUCCUGACCCUGUUGGUCCUCCAAUAAAAUAUCUAAACUUAAAUCCUAGAAUGUAUCCUUUAUCAUGCGGUUGUCCAGUGACUGUAAUUUCAUAUUUACUGUAAUUAUUUUAUUGUAGUUUAGUGUACAGUUACACAAGGGCCUGUUUAUCAAAAUAUUACAGACAUAAUAAACUGAGUUUGGAAUAUCA